CCAGACUUUGUGUAGAAACGCUGGGAUUCCGUAAAGAGAGACGAAGCUGGACGUGUCGGCGCUCUGUGGAAGUUUAUCAUCAGUCACAUUAAAACUUAUCUGAUGAGGAUCGAUCCAUUCUGCUCCACACACCGGGAAAGGAAUGAUGUUUUGUUGCAAGUCGUCUCCUGCUUCUUGUGUCCAGUUUCACACACCCCUUGACCUGACCUGCACAAACUCAUCAAGAGAUGGCACUGCUUCAGAUAGGCUUCAGAUGUCUGGAGAAAGCAAAUCUGACCUGUACACAAAAGGAGUGAUGUUCUGUCACCAGUCGUCUCCUGUUCCUUUUGUCCAGUUUCAUACACCUCUUGACCUGACCUCCACAAACACACUGAGAGAUGGCACAGCUUCAGGAAGGCUUCAGAUAUCUGGAGAAAUGAAAUCUGAGAAGCUGUCCACGAAAGGAGUGAUGUUCUGUCACCAGUCAUCUCCUGAUCCUUUAGUCCAGUUUCAGACACCUCUCGACUUGACCUCCACAAACACACUGAGAGAUGGCACAGCUUCAGGAAGGCUUCAGAUAUCUGGAGAAAUGAAAUCUGAGAAACUGUCCACAGUCAGUUGCAGUAGUCAGUCCAGGACUCUCCUAAGUAAGACCUCACCCAAACUAAUGUGGAAAAAAAUCCACCAUUGUUCAGUCUGUGGGAAGAGUUUUGCUAGACUGGGCGACCUCCAAAAACAUCACAGAAUUCACACUGGAGAGAAGCCAUUUCAGUGCACACAGUGUGGGAAGAGUUUUACUCAGGAGAGUAAUCUCCAACAACACCAGCGGGUUCACACCGGAGAAAAACCGUACCAUUGUACGUGGUGCGGAAAGAGAUUUACGCAUCAGCAGAAUUUUCAAACGCAUCAGAGAAUUCACACCGGAGAAAAACCGUAUCAGUGCUCAGAGUGUGGGAAGAGUUUUACUCGCAAGAAUGCUGUACAGCGACACCAGCGUGUUCACACCGGAGAGAAACCGUUUCACUGUAUGCAGUGUGGGAUGAGUUUUAGUGAAAAUGGUACUCUCAAAGAACACCAGCGACUUCACACAGGAGAGAAUCUUUAUCAUUGCUCAGAGUGUGGGAAGAGUUUUCAUCAGAAGAAAACUCUACAAGGACAUCAGCGGACUCACACCGGCGAGAAGCCGUAUUUCUGUACGGAGUGUGGAAAGAGUUUCAGCCGGAUGAAUACGCUGCAGCAGCACCACCGCAUUCACACAGGAGAAAGGCCGUUUCAGUGUUCAGAGUGUGGACAGACGUUUGCUCAACAAAGUACUCUCCACCGACACCAGCACAUACACACUGGAGAGAAACCGUAUCAGUGCUCACUGUGUGGGAAGAGUUUUAAUCGUAAAAAUACACUCCAACUCCACCAGCGCCUUCACACAGGAGAAAAGUCCAGCGCUGAGGACAUUUACUCUGGAACUUCGGAGUAAACUCAUAACUUGUACAAAGGCAGUAUUUUUGUAGCAUUGCUGCCAAGUCACAUGCUUCAUAGUUUUUUGCCUUUACUGUGGCCAUGAAUGGUAGAUGGUUUUCACACAGUUUCUGUGGUCGGAACCUGAGUGUGAUCCAGUGUUGGUCUGGAAUCAGACUCACUUGAUUCUAUUGAAUUUGAAUCCUGGUUCAUUUGAGUUCAUGUGACAUCAUCACAAACCCUCAUGGAGAACACAGAAUGGCUCACCAGAUUUUCUGUUAUAUGCAGUAAGACAUCUCAGCUCUUCUGUGUCCCACAGGGUUCCCCUGACACUCAUGGUACACGCGUCUUGUGGAAACUAAUGAUAUCGUCAUUGACUAAAACUCGUGCACUUUCCUUCCUGAAAGAGUUGGGUUCACUUCAUGGGAAUCGUAGCAGACUUCCAGUACAGUUAAACUCAGACCUCCUCUUACGGUUCAGUACCAUGCUGAGAUUCCACGAGAUUCCAUGGCAGCGUCCACAUUACCAAGUUUACAAUUGUUUUCUCAUCAGCUCCACCGAGCUAAACCGCCCAUUUCUGAGUGUUGUGUUAAAGCUCAGUUUGCAUACGGUUUAGACCCGGUUACUGGAUGCUAAUGAGCGUCCAGCAGGUAAAUGUCACACACAUACUUUAUUUAAACAUAAAAAUGUUUAAAUGUUCAUACAUUUACAUUUACAGCAUUUAGCAGAAGCCCUUAUCCAGAGUGACUUACAUUUUAUCUCAGGGGCCUUGCUCAGGGGCCUAGCAGUGACAGCUUGGUGGACCUGGGAUUUGCUCCUUUGAACCUUCUGAUCAGCAAUCCAAUAUCUUCACCACUAGGUACCACAUCCCUUAUACCUAAUAUCAUACCAAGUAUAAAAAGACAAAACAGUAAAAGUCUGGAGAGCUGAGAGUUUCUUUAUGGAUGUUCUGUAUGCCUCCUGUUUAUUGUAAGGCUAUUCUUUAGUUGGCAUCACUAAUUUUCCAAGAAUAGAUCUGCAGAAGCAAUAAACAGGCUAUAAUUGUACAUGGCACAGUCUGGAUGUUUUAUGAAUCAGGCAUGUCAUUCAUUCAAACAUUCAAAUGAAUAUCCAUCAGAACACAAGGAGCAAAAAACUGAUACCUCCUUAAUUUAUUAAUACUUCAGCUUGUUCUCUGGAAAUCAAAUAAACAUGUGGUACAACAUCUACACAAGUCAGAGACAUUUCGGGAAAUUGUUAAAAACUGAACUUUUUGUGUGGAGAAAAACAGGCAGCACUUCUGGAUAACGGCAUCCUGCUAGCUGUUUAGCUCGGCGAUUGAUCCGUUAUGUGUUGGGGUCGUAUGUCGGCCAGUGACACAGACCACAGGUACAUGUAAGAAUGGAUGUGGUAUCUUCACAAUACCAUGAACAUACUGAAUGUUUGUCUAAAUCUAAAACGUGUGAAACCCACAAAGCUUUCUGCAAGAAAGAGAAGGAGCAAAGGCAUUCGACUAGAAGAGAAAGACUUCCAGCUGGCUACAAAAACAUGUGUAUGAUAUCUGCCAGUGUUGGUGUCACUAAAUACUGACUUAGUAGUGUUUCAUUUUUAUUUGCAUAAUAUAUAAAGUAAAUGUGUUAACAUUUUAUCUGAUAUCAAAUAUUGUAAUAAAAGACAUUUCUCCAUUUUCAAAAGAAUCAACAAAAUGUGUCAUUUGGGCAGGGGUGCCAAAACUUUUAUAUACCACUGUAUAUUUUAAGGUUUUACACAAAGUGUGCAAAAAAAAAAGUAAGAGUUGUGGAAUGUUAGUUUUUAUAGGGAUUAAAUAAAGGUUUGUCUCUGCUGUCUGUAUUUUAGUGCUGAAUGUUGAAUAAAUAAAGUUUGUUAUGCUCUGAACGUGAACAGAGAUGUUCAACCUUAUACAGAAAGUCCUCGUGUAGUGAAGGUUUUCAUUCCAACUGAGCAGAAACCACACCAGAGCCUAGUGAAAACCAAGAGCAAGAGAUGUGUCUCCUGAACCCACACCGGCAUCCUGAGGAAAAGACACCUUCGACAACUCCAGUCUCUUAACAGACCUCAAGGAAAAUGAU